AUGAACUCCCAACUAGAAAACCUUGGAGUUCUGGACCUGGGCUUCGAUUUCGAUAUCGAAGGUGACCCCUUCGGCUUCAAUAUCCCUGGAGAAGGGCUGGAUUUCAUACCGUUACCUCCUGGAGAACUAACAGCGAAUUUUCAGGAUGCAGAAAUGCCCAUUGGGAACUUUACGGGCGCAUAUGCCAAUAUCCUAGUUGAAGAGGAAAAGUCUGUUGAUCUGGAUUCUGAAACACCCAUUACGAUCAACAACGAAAAUUCACGUUUAGUUCAGCACUAUUUAGAUGUUAUGAAGGAAUAUGCGAAGCUGGACGAAUUUCCGCACAAGGCCAGCAAUCUGUUUGUUUCUGCUUUCUCCAAAUCGCUUCAAUUUCCGCCUCUCUUUUAUGCCAUUUUGGCGUUCUCCGCUUCUCACCUCAGCGUUGAAGAUGAAUCUUACUCCCGUCAGGCCUCAAGAUAUACAAGUUUAGCAGAUUCUUCAUUCCAAAAUCAUAACAAAGGCGAGGAUACGGAUAUCGACGCGUUAUUAUCCGCACUGGUUGUCCGCAUUAAAACAGUGCAUAUGAUGGGAGGUGAGGUUGAGACAUUCCACAGUAUCAUGAAGGUAGCCGCGGAUAUCGUGUCAUCUGAACGGGGCGCACAGGCUUUAGAAGAUCCAUCUAGUUUAUCGCGACGGAUAAUCAUUCGUCUUGCUAUCUUGGAUGCGCGAGCUAGUUGUUUUCGACUCGGCGGGGGUAUCCUUGUCAGGCGUUUGUGCACACUACCAUCUUGUUCGUUUAUUUUCGAACGCGAACCGGACAAUGCUUCCUCAAGAACUACCCUACUUAACUUACUUCAAGCGGACCUGUUCAAAGUCCGAGUUGCAGACCUGAACAUACGAUUACAUGGUGAAUUGACAGGUGGUAGCGACCAAUCAUGCUUAGGUAUCCAGGAAUUCAAUGGUGUUUACAAGGAGAUUUGUCACGAAAUUGGAAUAAUUGAAAAGCGAAUGGUCACCUUCGGCGAUGACUUGACAAGCCCUCCAUUCCCAGGGGAUAGACCCAUUGAUUCAGCCUCUUACGAUCGUCUUAUUGUCUUAUCAGCUCUUCAUUCUGGACUCCUCUACCUCACUAUGAUUAUCGUGCGUUUUUACAUUAAGAAUUAG